ACAAAAAUAUUGGGAAAAUUGUACCGCCAGAGUAGAUCGUUGGAGCAAGCUCACAACCGUACAUAUAUUAUAAAUCUUCUCAAAGAUGCCUUUGUUGUCGACAAAGAUAUGAUGUAUCCUGGAUACAAGAAGUAUCUAGAUUCCGCACAUAUGUCGUAUGACCUGUACAAUGAAAAAGUCUUGCAGCUAAUGUCUCUAUACGGAAUAGAAACGGAAGCAGAAGUUGUUACUGGUGCUAUUCAGAAACUAAAGAAGACACGAGGUUAUCUCCAAAAUGAAAAAUAUGAGAUAGAGAAAAUCAUCCAAGGAAAAAUGAGCAUUAUUAGACAGAAGGUACGGGCAGAUUUCUUUGAAGAAUUCAGUGAAGAAGGAGAAAACAAUUCUGUUUCUGCAGAUGAUACGAAAAAAUUCCUCGCAAAAGCGUCAGCUUGGUAUGUCGUCGCGUAUGAUGUGAAGUCUCAGUUAGUCAACACUGGGAAACGUCUCGUCAGCUUCCCAUGGAUUAUGAGCGAGUUCCUCUCCCAGAUAAAAGCAAAUGCAUGCCUGGCCACCAGCGAGGAGACAGCAGACAAAUCAGCUAAACCAGAAAGACCAGAACUCGUCCAAAUCGGCUCAUCAAUAGUAAGGCAUUUUGAUACGAGACACGAGGAUCGGCUUGCAACAUUUCAGUUCCUCCAAGUAACUUUCACCAUGAUUUCUGAUCAUCUCCAUCGUUUUCUCGGACCGGGGAUAAGAGUGUCCUUCACAGGACUGCCAUCAUUGUGUCUAAUGGAUAUGUACACUCGUGAUAUCAAUGUCUGUCUGGAACUGCAACAGCAAAUCACCGGAAAAGAUUUCAACACUCUGUUAAAGAAUGUUAUGGCAAGUUAUAUGGCAGGUUAUCGGCCUUUAACGCCGAAGUCAUUCAUCGUCCGAAUAGACGUAGAUCCUGUGACUGUCACAUUUAGCCAAAACACCAUCGAUAUAGGCAGAACAAAUUUCAUCCGACGACAACUUCAAAGAAGCUCAACCUAUACGCUCAUCCUGACGUUUCUUCUCGACUGGGCGAGAAAGUACACAAUUAUUGGCAGAUCCCCAAACGCAUUGUUUUCUGAAGUUGUUUUUACGUUGCUGGUUCUCAAACUCUUGUCAGAUGUAGAUAGCAAAUCAACAGAAAUAAAUACAACGCAUGACGACAUGAAUCACAUGAAUGUAUCUUCUUGGCUUCCAGGAAAAAUAACUGCAAGCAAACAACUUCACACAGCUAGUCUAGUGAUGGCCGUCUUGCGAAAUUUUAACUCUUUGCUGAUCAGCGAUGAGAAAGGGGAAAUUCGAAUAAAUGUGCCAGACCCAACAGAUGAUGUCAGAAGUCAACGGUUUCUGGUACCUGGUCAUCUAAGGUGGAGGAAAUUCAAACAUCUGACGGAGGAAAUUCUCUUCGUUUAUCAAGAAAUUGCAAAAAACAGAUCUGUAAAUAUCUUCUUUGAACAAAACAUCAUUGAAGAGGGUCAUCUGAUGAUGAAUCUGCCAUUAGAAACUUGGGGGUCUGUAAUGUUUGCAGAAACCUACACCGCUAGACGAUUGUCAGAAGAAACCGGCGCAGAAAUCAGCAUACGAAGAAAGACAUUCAGGGAUACCACUGGACUAAUUUUAGAAGCAUGGGGAACCCGCGAAGAACUGUGGAAUGUUCCACAAUCUCUUCAAGAUCUGAAUGACAAAUCAUCAAAGUUCGUCACCACCUCAGCACGAGACAAAGCAUUUAUUGGUGGGGCAUACAAACGUAUAUUCUAUGGGUCGACAGGUCCGGAUCAACAACUCACAUUCGAUCGAUAUACCGGUAGAUGUCAACCAGCGCACAAGCAACUCACAUUGUACGUUCCAUUCUUAGACUCAUCUUGUCAGAAUGAUAAGAAUACAGCUUUGGAAAAGUUCAAAGAAGUAUUCAGGACACAGAUGGAACUCAUCCGACAAGAUUUCGAGAGAACAUACCAUGGGGAUCUAAGAAUUGCACUUACAUUCGGAAUAUUCUACGUAUUUUAUGUUGAAAAUCCCCAGUUUACGAUAUCAGAAUUUGAAAUGGCGUUUGAAGGUAAUGUCAAACCACAGGAAAAGCAGCUAGAACUGAAUCUGCCAGGGCGUGGAGGAUGGCGAAAUCGCAAGAGGCAUGGCCGGUUUACUAAACCUAAACCAAGACACAUAAGAGGCUCUUUCAUGCCUACGGAGUGUGACAAAAACAACGUCAGUGCUUUCCUAGGCAACUCGAAUUUCAAAGAACGCCAUGGAGAAGUAAAGUAUCAUGCCGCUUUCAUGUUGGGCAAUCAAGAUUAUGGAAAACCACAUGAAGGUCUCGUUAUCCUUGACAAAGAUCUCCUGUUCAUUGAGCUUCGGCUUUCUGAUUUGAAGUGGAUGGCGGUGGACGUGUGUCGCGGCUAUAACGGUAUACCUAAUACCAACAAACGUCUAGAUGUCCGGUGUAAGCUGCACUCACGACGUCUCAUGGACAUGGAAGGAGUACAAGAGAUGGCCGACACGAAAAUGCUUUUGGAGCCUAGCACACGUGUGCUGUUGAAACCCCAACCGGAUGUUCUUUACGUAUCUCCGGAGUUUAGGAAUAGAGUAUCAUUCGUGAGAGAGAAGCGCGUCAAAUCGUACCAUUAUGAGGGACCAGUAACAGAAUAUAGCAUUUGGCAGGACAUGAGCAUCGAAAUAGCAACAGUGUUUGAGUAUUCGAUACCAGAUUCUAGUGGUAGAUUCCAGGACAUGGUAGAAAAACAGGAAGUCACCGUAAUACCUAAACUCCCUCCACUGGACACAACGGAAACGGACUGGGACAGUUAUGCAGAAAACAUUUGGGAACUCAUUGAACAAUUAGGCGAACAAUUUGAUUCAGACUAGAUGGUUCAACCGAGAGUACAUAAUGCCACAAUAUCCUUGCAGUGUUUAAACUGUAUAGAUGUGUUAAUAAGAAUGAAAUCAUUAACAAAAUGCCAAAUACGAAUUAUUCGUCAUCCGUGAACACUUUCGCUGUUGGCAUUGAAAUACAUUACUGUAUUCAUUUAUACAUAGCCAAGACAUCGAUAGAUACACAGCAGAGAAACGACUGUGGUAUGCCUUACUAUUUUGGGCGCCGCGUACAUAAGAAAGUGCAUUUAUUCCAAAUCGUUCGUAAAAGACCGUCUACAUUCGUGUUAAAGUGUCAUAUUGAAACCGGGGCUCGUAUUUAUGAAACUGUUCUCAUGCUAAAGAAUGGAUUCUGUGCUCAAGUAUUUAAGUAGCGGAUUUAGUUCCGCUACUAGACUACCGUUCUAAGUUGAAAAUUAUUUGGCGACAUUUAUCAUGUUUUAACAAAAAUAUAUUUUUUAUUUAAUACAGGGUUAAAAUAUUGUCUGAAUUUGAUAUUUGAAUUUCAAUCAUGCGGUGAUUAAAUCUAACACUUCUCAAUUAUUCUGUAAAAAACACCUCAUCAAUUAAUGAAUGAGCAACAUCCUUGUAUAUUUUGAAAACUCCUAAUAUUAGUUUAUUUCAUUUAUUAUAUAUAUAUACAUAUAUCUUUUUAAUUUUAGAUGCUUGUUAUUGAAAGUAGAUACUUAUGGAAUUUGUUUUCAUGUUUUCAUGUGUAUGUUUCCAUGUAUGUUUAUGUAAUCAAGGUCGUUUC